ACCAGCAAGACCAACCGAAAAUUGUACUUGGUUAACCAAUAAAUCUGAUUAAAGUAUAUGUAUAUCCAUUAAAAUUUAGCAACCAUAUACAUAAAUUCAAGAAUAAAAAAACAUACCUGGAAGGAAAAAUACCACGCGAUAGAAAAAUUGUGCUUACGUAAAUCAUGAAGACAGACAUUCCUGAUCCAUGGUGUGGAACGGACAUAUCAGAAAUCGACGCCGAUAAUAGUAAAAACUAUUUUGAGGAUUCUUUCGUAGAAUCAAAACAUACGAAACUUGCGGAUUCAGAAGAAUAUUUGGAAAAACUUUAUUCCAGACUUAGAAGUCUUAAAAAAGGUACAUCAAAAAAAGAUCUUGUAACAUCCUUAUCGGUGAUCAGAGAAGAUACCAUCGCACGUUUAAUAACUAAUGAAUGUAAGCUUGAGAGUGAAAAGGACACAGAAUUAGUUUCAAAUCCUUUUAUAAGACAUAUAGCACCACAUUUAGAAGCAGUAACAGUUAGUGAAUUAAUUCACCUUUUAAAAGCAGAUGUUCUUCAGGAAGUAACAGAAUCUGAGCAAGAAGAUAAUAUUACAGCAGAUAUAUUAGUAGAUAAACAAGUUGAAAGUUAUUGCUUGGAAAAACAAAAGGAUUAA